AUGUCGCUUCCUCGGUCACCAUUUGCGCCUUCAGCGUCUCUACCAGGCACGGGGGAACUGGUACUUUGCCUUCUUCCUCCCGGCAAACAGGUGCUACGAACGUUCACUUACCAAUACCCGCUGAAGCUCAUUGCGCCGGACCCUCACCACUCUGGCGAUGACAAGCACGUUACCAUCGCUUUCCUCCUGACCUAUGGAGGAGGGCUUGUUGGGGGAGACCAAAUCAACCUCAAGGCCGAACUACAGGAUGGCACUCGUCUCGUCUUGCUCACCCAAGGCAGUACGAAGAUUUUCAAGUCUCCCAACAAAACCGUGGUCAGCAGACAGGUACUAGAUGUGAAGGUGGGUGCUGAGGCGGCGCUUUGCUAUCUUCCCGAUCCAACCCAGCCAUUCGCGGAGAGUGUCUACGAGCAGAGACAAACUUUCUAUGUUGAGCCGGAUGGCAGCAGCAGCCUGGUGGUGCUGGACUGGGUGAGCGAAGGUCGGCGAGCAAGGGGAGAGAGUUGGACAUUGUGGAGCUGGCGUGGAAGGAACGAGGUCCGAGAAACUGAUGAGCGCUCUAAGGGAAGACUUCUUCUCCGCGAUGCGGUCAUGCUACACGAGGAUGGUCUGGGUGGCACAGGCAUCGCGGACAAGGCUGAUAACAUAGGCAUUUUCGGCACGUUGAUUGUCUACGGCCCACUGUUCAAGAAGCUGGGGGACUUCCUCAUGCACGAGUUUUCCAGUCAGCCGCGCAUUGGAGCCAAGAACUGGACAACCAGCGAGACAGCCGGAGGGACAGAGGGCGCGAAGCAAGCCGAGCUGGCCAGGCAGCGUGAGCAGCAAGACGGUCUCUUAUGGACUGCCGCCAAUGUGCGCGGAUUCGUGCUAGUGAAGUUCGGUGCAACCGAGCUGGACGGUGCAAAGCGAUGGCUGGGAGAUUUGCUGAAGAAAGAAGGAAGUGUUGAAACGAUGUUUGGUCACCAAGCGCUUCUAUGUCUCCGCUGA